CAGUGUUCUUCCGUGGUCUUCAGUGCUCGAUCUAACGACAUCUUUGCAAUAAACUCUCCCACACGCAUCUACACGCUUUACAGUCCACUCCUCUGAUUGAGCCUUUACACUUUUGUGAACCUUGACAGCAAGAGCCACAUAACUGUCAAAGUUGAUCUCCGACAUAUCCAGGCAAGACACCAGCAUUAGCUCAUACACCCGCUCAUUGCCUGUGAUUCCGCCUCCACUGUCUUCUACGUCACCAUAUUUGCGGCCAUCGAUUCAUUAUACUUCCGCCGUCCGUUUCCCAUUGAUCUCGCCUGGUUUUAACAGAUUCGAUCCCGCUCUCAUCUCAUAACCUAGCCUAGUUUGUUGGUCUCGACACUUUGGCAUCACCCAUAUAACUAGACUGACCUUCGCUCUGUUAUACUCCCUUUCUUGGUUGCAUUUCUACACGUCGAUUCUUUUUCCAAUUCCUGUCACAACUACUAAACUCCCCGACUGAAUCAAUCCCCUACCAGUCAGUCCCUUGCAACAUCUGAAGACCAUUCCAACUCCCAAUAUGUUCUUCAAGCAAUCUGGCUUUAAGCCACGUACCAAUAGCCAAUCGUCUCAGUCCACCUCUGGUAGCCAGCUAUCAGGAAGCCCUCCAAAGGACCAAUCCAAGACAAUUGAGACCAAUAAAAUCGAUCCCCAGAACCCUUUAUCUGCUGCUGCUGCAGGCCGGAGAAGAUCUUCUGCUGCCGAUAAAUUCGGUGGCCUCCAAAGCUUAAAGCGUAACAGUCAAGAUGAUAAACGUGCAGGUUUUGCAGAGCAGUCCGCGGGCCAACAGGGCGUGCUGGGUGGCAUGUGGAACAGUUUCACCAAGGGAACGUGAAGGCCGACGUGAAUGUGAGGAGAGCGUGUAUUGAAAUGGUUGGAUGGAUUUCCUUGGUGCUCAUGCCUUGCGAUCAGCGCUGGAUGAGAAGUCAGGGUUCGCCCUGGAGAGCUCAGAACUUCUUCCCUUGGGUGUCAAGGUCUCCUCGCUCUCGAUGGACCACCUUUUGGUUUUUGCGGUUUGAUAAGAUGUCUUGAACAUCUCCACUCAGUCGAUAUUUGGACAUUGAAUGUAUGAUUCCCCGGGAAGGAAGAAGAAUGCAAACGGUUUCUAUGUCUAUCUACAUCUUGCACAGUGUUGCUGAGCAUAUCAAAUUGACAUGAUGAUUUUCGGG